CUAUGUCGGGGGAAUAUUUUUGAAUUGAUAAGGGAGUUUAGAAAGCUAAGGGGAAAGUUCCAUUAGCAGUUUCAGAAGAAAACGAGCUUAAAGGGAGAAUGGCAUUCUAACAUCAUUCUACCGUGAUUUGAUCUGUAAAUGAAUAGCAAAUUACAAUAUUUUUAUUUUCUGUUAUCAAAUUAAGAGUGACUAUCUUCAUAUUACAGAAUAUGGCUUCAAUUUUACCUGCUUCCAACACAUCCAUGAGAUCUGACAGGAAUACAUAUGUUGGAAAAAGUUUUGUUCAUGUUAAAAAUCCUUACCUGGACUCUAUGGAUGAAGAUGUUCUCUAUCACUUGAAUUUAGGAACAAAAACACACAACCUACCAGAAAUGUUUGGGGAUGUAAAGUUUGUCUGUGUUGGUGGGAGCCCCAACAGAAUGAAAGCAUUUGCACUGCUUAUGCACAAGGAGCUUGGAUUGGCAGACAGUGAAGAGGACAUCAAGGAUAUCUGUGCUGGGACAGACAGAUAUUGUAUGUACAAAACUGGUCCCGUGCUCUCCAUCAGUCAUGGCAUGGGCAUCCCCUCCAUUUCUAUUAUGCUUCAUGAACUCAUUAAAUUACUAUACCAUGCCCGAUGCUCUGAUGUUACCAUUAUCAGAAUCGGCACAUCAGGGGGAAUAGGGAUUGCACCGGGAUCUGUUGUAAUAACAGACGAAGCUGUAGACUCCUUCUUUAAGCCCCGGUUUGAACAGGUAAUCUUGGACAACAUUGUCACCAGAAGUACUGAACUUGACAAAGAACUGGCUGAGGAAAUAUUCAACUGUAGCAAAGAAAUUUCCAAUUUCCCAACCCUCAUUGGACAUACGAUGUGUACCUAUGAUUUUUAUGAAGGCCAGGGUCGACUCGAUGGAGCACUGUGCUCUUUUUCCAGAGAAAAGGGUUUAGAUUACUUGAAGAGAGCAUAUAAUGCCGGCAUCAGAAAUAUUGAAAUGGAAUCUACGGUGUUUGCAGCCAUGUGUAGACUUUGUGGUCUAAAAGACACCACUGUUUCCAAUGAUGAAUUCUUGGUACAGGAAGAUCAACCCCUGGAAGGUCAACCACCAAGGACACAGACCAAAACCCCAUGCAUAUGAUUCUGCCACAUUCCCAUCUUUCAUCCCCACUUCAUUGUAUUCUACUCCGAAUGCAGUGAAGCUUGGAAAAGCUCUGUAUGAGCUGGAAGAGCUUCAUUUGGGGAAGGGUUGUGAGAGCCUUCACAAAUGGCUGCUUUAACAUACUUAUCAGGGAGGUUAUAUACCAAUGGUAAGCAACACUGGAAAAUAUGUUUCAUCUGGCACCAAAAGCUCAAGACUCCCAGGCCUAUUCCCCCUCCCCCUCCAUCUUGCUCCCACUGUCAGCAAAGACCCAUUCCCCAAUGUGUCUCCAAAUGGCCUUCUUUAAUGGCAUCACCGACUCAAUGGACAUGAGUCUGGGUGAACUCCUGGAGUUGGUGAUGGACAGAGGGGCCUGGCAUGCUGCGAUUCAUGGGGUUGCAAAGAGUCGGACAUGACUGAGCGACUGAACUGAACUGAACUGAACUGAAUGGCCUUUUAUGUCCCUUUAGUAGUACCAGAUGACUGGCUUCAUACUAAGGCAAUGAUGCCUAAUGGUUUCAGCUUAUAAAUAAUGUUUUAUUUAAACAAGAGUCUUCUAGAGGAUCAUUGUUCUCAGAGGAAUCACUCAUUGAGUAUGGACUAGUGCAAAAACAGAUCUUUCUGCAUUCACCAGGACAAGGAGGUCCUGGGACCCCAUGGACUAGCACUUCUU